GAAACCCGAGAGGUCGCGGAUUCGAGUCCCACAUCAUUUAUACGUUUUGAUUGUUGUGUCAGUUGACGAUCCUCCAGAGUAUUGUAUUCGAGCUGAUCCAGCUCUGGAAAGCAUGACGACACAAUUUUUUGGGAAUCCUGGCAUCUUAACAUUUGCUGUUCCAUUUAUCACUCAAAGAACACCGGCUCUGUCGUUAGGCACAACUGCAGACCAAGCCAAACUCGUUGUUGGUUACGCUGACACCUCAAUAAAAGUCUACGACAUGGAGACACAAGAGGCAGAAACAACAUACAAAGUGCAGAAGUUGCGACUUCAGCUUAUACCAAAGAAGUUGCAGCGAUUACAUUUUGGCCAAGUGUGUGCCGUGAGGUGUCACGAUGACCGACCAACUGUAUUUGCUUCCGCUGCUUGGGAUAAGACCGUGCGAGUCUGGGACAUCAGAUGCAGUGUCGGCUGCGUCAUGACAUUUGAAGGAGUCGAUGUUUGCAGCGAUAGCAUUGAUCUAAAUAGAGACAGCCUAAUUGUUGGCAGUUGGCAACCGACAGAAGCAUUGUCCGUUUGGAAUCUGGUGGCUAAAAAACGAGAAUGUAUAGUGAGAGUGCAGAACAGACGACCCAAUGUUGACGGUGAAUACAUUCACGCGUGUCGAUUCUGGAGAUCCAAGGAGUUCAAUCGCAAGGGUAAGUACGGCAUUAUUGGCGGCAGCGGCACCAACUGUGUGGAAGUCAUCAACCUCCACAACCGAUACAUUGCAUGUUCGUACCCCGCGCCCGGUACCAUCACCGCCAUCACCAGCUUCAACGAACGUAUCGCGUUCUCCGGCACGGCUCCCGUCCUCACCAUCGUUACCUUCCACGAUCCGAAACACGAGAAGUACUGCCCCGAUCCCGAGCCAGAGUUUGAUUAUACUAAAGAGCCACGAUGGUUCCCCGAUGACGUCACGGACUCCACCGAUGUGACGCAGCAUAUUGACAUGGACGAAGUUCACGCUGCUUCAGCUAUUAGUCGCCCCGGUAUAUCAUCAAUUAGUCGCCCCGGUAUGUCUUCUACGACUCCAGCAGUUAGGUCUGCUACGAGUCGAGAACAAUAAAUAUUAUGUUAGCUAAUAUUUAUUCAUCUAAAGUACAUAUUCUUGUAUUAUCUAAUUCAUUUCAUUGCAAGUUUGUGCUGUGAAUAAAAUGCAUCUUUUUAUAAAAAUAUUUCGUAUUACUACUGCGCUACUGUUUCUGCUAUAGAAUAUUAUACAAUCGGAAUCAUACUUUAAAUGGAGUUACUUCAUUUACCUGAACAAUUAUAAGUUGACUCUUGUAUGAACUUUAAGUGGCGUUACUCAAACAAGGUAAUUUUUUUUAUAUCAAGGAAUGUUUUUGAACUUUUUG